CUACAAAUGCCAGUUACCACAUAACACAGUACUUGGCACAUAGGAUUGGUUUGAUGAUGCUCCCUGCAACAGAUCUGCUUUGGAACCACCAAACAUUUCAUUGAGAAAGACAUUUGAUGGACAAAACUUGACUAUGUCAGACAGUCACGAUGACCUUACAUAAUCACAGUACAACCGCGCCUUUGUUUGCGAACAUCAGCUCUUCCUGGAUGCACAGCCCCUCGGACACCAGACUGCCCUCAGGAGCAGUCACUCGUCUGGGCAGCUACAACCUUUCUCGGGCCAUUGGAAAUGUCUCCUCUCUGAAUGACACUGCCAGUGACCCCCUGGGAGGCCAUACUAUCUGGCAAGUGAUCUUCAUUGCGUUCUUAACAGGUUUCCUGGCCUUGGUGACCAUCAUUGGUAACAUCCUAGUCAUUGUUGCAUUUAAGGUCAACAAGCAGCUGAAGACGGUGAACAAUUACUUCCUCUUAAGCCUGGCCUGUGCAGACCUAAUUAUAGGGGUUAUUUCCAUGAAUCUUUUUACUACCUACAUCAUCAUGAAUAGGUGGGCUUUAGGGAACUUGGCCUGUGACCUUUGGCUUUCCAUUGACUAUGUGGCUAGCAAUGCAUCUGUUAUGAAUCUUCUAGUCAUUAGCUUUGACAGGUACUUUUCCAUCACAAGACCACUGACAUAUCGAGCCAAAAGAACCACAAAAAGAGCCGGUGUGAUGAUUGGUUUGGCUUGGGUCAUCUCCUUUAUCCUUUGGGCUCCUGCCAUCUUGUUCUGGCAAUAUUUUGUUGGGAAAAGGACUGUGCCCCCAGGGGAGUGCUUCAUUCAGUUCCUCAGUGAGCCCACCAUUACCUUUGGCACAGCCAUCGCUGCCUUUUAUAUGCCUGUCACCAUUAUGACUAUUUUAUACUGGAGGAUAUAUAAAGAAACUGAAAAACGUACCAAAGAACUUGCUGGUCUGCAAGCCUCUGGGACAGAAGCAGAGGCUGAAAACUUUGUCCACCCCACAGGCAGCUCUCGCAGCUGCAGCAGCUAUGAGCUUCAACAGCACAGCAUGAAACGCUCAGCCAGGAGGAAGUAUGGUCGCUGCCACUUCUGGUUCACAACCAAGAGCUGGAAACCCACUGCUGAGCAGAUGGACCAAGACCACAGCAGCAGUGACAGCUGGAACAACAACGAUGCUGCUGCCUCCCUGGAAAACUCGGCCUCUUCUGAUGAGGAGGACAUUGGCUCUGAGACCAGGGCCAUUUACUCGAUUGUGCUCAAGCUUCCAGGACACAGCACUAUCCUCAACUCCACCAGAUUACCUUCAUCGGACAACUUACAGGUGCCUGAGGAGGAGAUGCUGAAAGCAGACUUAGAGAGGAAAGCACAAAAGCUACAGACCCAGAAAAGUAUGGAGGAUGGAGGCAGUUUCCAGAGAAGCUUUCCUAAGCUUCCCAUUCAGUUAGAGUCAGCUGUGGACACAACCAAGUCCUCUGAUGACAACUCCUCUGUGGGAAAGUCCACAACCACUCUACCUCUGUCCUUCAAAGAAGCGACUUUGGCCAAGAGGUUUGCUCUGAAGACUAGGAGCCAGAUCACUAAGCGGAAAAGAAUGUCCCUCAUCAAAGAGAAAAAGGCAGCGCAGACCCUCAGUGCGAUCUUACUUGCCUUUAUCAUCACCUGGACUCCAUACAACAUCAUGGUUCUGGUGAACACCUUCUGUGACAGCUGCAUCCCGAAAACGUAUUGGAAUCUGGGGUACUGGCUGUGCUAUAUCAACAGCACCGUGAACCCUGUGUGCUACGCCCUGUGCAACAAGACGUUCAGAACCACAUUCAAGACCUUGCUGCUGUGCCAGUGGGACAAGAGGAAGAGGCGCAAGCAGCAGUACCAGCAAAGACAGUCCGUCAUUUUCCACAAGCGUGUGCCUGAGCACGCCUUAUAGAACACAGGUGUACCAAUAGCCGCACCCAAACACACCUCCUUAACCACACACCUUACAGACACAGAAGGGGGCCAAGAAAGGCGGUCAUUUCUGGUGAGGAGAGUCUGUUUUCACCCAGAUGUGGAAGAAGCUACCUGUUUGAGGACCCUUUGAAUGAACUUAUUUUACUACAAAAGUAAAAUUCGAAUAAAGUUUAAAGAAACCAACUGCACACUACUAGACAUAAAGGAAUUUAUCCUGAAAAUAGACUUUAAAUGCUUUUUCUUAAGGAGAGGGGGGGAAAAAUCCUUCACAAUAAUGAUACACCCCAAUUAACCUGCCUGGAGAUUGUCAUUCACAUUAGCUCUGGAAUCUCAGAGCAGCAUAGCGAGCUGGCUCAGUGGCCAUCUUCUUCUGUGGAUCCCUAAACUGUGGGCCCAGGUCUCCCUGUGGGACCCGGCUGGCUAAUGAAUUUGUGAAAUUCAGGCGAGUCAGAAUCUGAAAUUAUUUCAUAUGUUUGCACAGCUGAAUUUUCUUGUCCCAAUAGAGUUUCCAUGUCUUCUCUUUGGUGUGUUGUUAAUCUCUAUUUGUGGACUUACUUCUUGAUUCUUGCAAAGUACUGUUUUGUGCAGUUUAAGUUUCGUACAAAUAAAAACAUAUGAGUAUAUAUGUGUGUGUAAAUUUUCCAUGCACACACGUGUGUAUAUACUGGGAAACACUGAACUGAAAAAUUGUUAAUGCAAUAUAUGCUUCCAGUUCUUUAGGAUUCCAGCAAAUCAUAAAGUGAAAUUGCUAAUUUAAUGUUUUUGAAACCAGGUAUGUUUUUCACACACCACCCUGGAGAAUCUUUUGCUCAGAGCAGAUCUGCACAGAGCAGACACGCCCGUGAGCUGGGGGGAGGACAUGGUUGAGUAUGUUUUGUUGUUUUCUUCUGCAACAAAGGUAAACCAGAACCCCUCUAACCUCCAAGAACAAAUCACAACCAUAUAUUUCAAAUUAAUAGUCCAAAUUUGAACAUGUUUUGAAGCAAAACUUCUGGUAUUUAAACUGCUUAAAACUCAACAAUAGUGUCACAUUUGAACAUUGUUACACAGCAAUAUAUGUGGAAAAGCAAAAGGAAAAUUGUUAGAGGAGAAUGAAGGAGAGCAUGGUAGGCAAGAUGUUGCCACCUGGAACAUUCUAACGGUGAAAAAAAAGGGCUUAAAAUUUUGUAACAUCGCCAUUGGCAGUGCUUUCUGGAACAGGUGGAAUUCAUAAAGUGAUAUAGCCUCUGAAGAAAGGACUACACUUUUUUAAAUGUUCAAGUUGAUUCCUUUACAUUUUAGAAACAAAUUUUGUAUUAUCUUUUAAAUUGACAAAAAAAGAUACCUGUUUUAUUUGGGGCAGGGGUGCUGCUGUUCUUGUUCCUGCUGCAACU